UACACAAUAAUAAAGUUGAAUGGAGGUAUCUUUGCUUCAUCUUGCUGGCUGCUUGACAUUUGUACAGGCAGAGAAAGUUGCUGUUCAACUGAAAGUUGAUCAAAGGCACAUCUCAAUGUUUCGUCAUGUUUACAUGGAAGACUCAGAAAUGUUUGCUUACAAGCUGUUGCAAAAGUGGUGGGAGGCCUGUGAAUUGGAAUCUGAAUUUGAGGCUAGAAUGGAAUUGAGUAGUGCACUGAAACUCUGUGAUCUUGGAGGACUUGCUAGGACUGUGUUUGGAGAAGAGCAAGAUGGUGAAAUAGAACUAACAAAGAGUCACUUGAUGUCUGUAAUGAAGGAUUACAAUCAUGCUCAAGUAGAACAUGUUGCCAUUGCCUUGGGAGUCAGGCAGAAUGUCAUCGACUCUUUGUAUAAAAUGUAUCACGAUGACUCGCAAUUAUUUGGUUAUCACAUUCUUCUUCACUGGAAGAAUAGCAAUGAGUUAGAUGCAAGUAAACAGCAGGAACAGCUUCAGUUAGUUUUGGCAUCUACUACUACUACUACAUCAACAUCCUUUCACUGUGAUGAUGAUGAUGACAUUGAAAGGGACAAUUCACACAGUAGUACCACAGGAACAUCUACAAGAAAAGGUUGCUGUAAACUUUCAAGUACAUGUCGUUGGGUGCUGUUCCUUGUAAUAUUGAUUGGAUUAUUCAUUAUCUCUCUCACUACAAUCCCAAUACUACUAACAAAUCCAUCAUUCAAAGACUAUUCUGUACUUGGUCAACCUGGCACUACUGUACUCUUCAGUGUUAGCGAUUUCAUUACUGGAUUUAAUCUCAAGAUUGAUACAGAGCAUGAUGCAUGGUGUACUGGUAAAGCUACAGCAUUGGAUUGCUCAGAGUUUAAGCCAACAUACACAUGGUACAAUGUCACUCGUUAUACUUAUAUUUACAUGGUCAAAGGCUCCAUAUUUCAGUUUAAAUUAUCCUCAUUAAGAUCAUCAUUGUCUACAAGUGAUUCGUGUUUUCUUUGGGUAUUUUCUGAUUACGGUACAUACUCUACAGCUGUCUAUGGUGGCUUCCAGGGAUUUAAUUGCAAUGAUCCUGGCGAUGGAAACUGGUGUUAUGACAUAAGCAAUGAGUCAAAUCAAGACUAUGUUAACUACACUAUUACACGGACAGAUUUCUACAAUAUUGCUUGCUCUCCAAGGGACUCAUGCUGUGCAAUGGAUAUGCUCAUAUAUCAAGGAUCAUACAGUUUUGACAGCUUAAAUAAUGUGCCUCAUUCUUCUAAGGACCUUAGCACUGCAGAUUCUGCUCACAUUACUCUCAGAAGUCAAUUUGACUACACUUAUGAGCAAAAAUGUAUACUAGUGUCUGUUACUAAUGACAUUGAAGGUACUUGCUCGUUAGAAAAUAGUGUUAAGUUGCUCAUAAGUGAUCAGAAGCGACAGAAAGGGCUUUUAUUAUUUCCUGGUUUACUGAUAUUCAGCCUCUUCAUUUUUAAUUUGGUGUAUUCAUUUUGUUUCUGCUACAAAAUCUGUAGAACUAAAUUCAAUUCAUACACAAACCGGAACUAUCAGCUAGUUACAAUAACUUCAUCAGAAGUAUAAUAACUAUACUAUUAUAUAGGAAGAGUAUCUAUACUAUUUAUAGGAAGAGUAUCAUUUUGAUGUAAUUUUGCGUGCA